AAAGUGUUAUCGACGAACUCGGCUAUCGCCUCUCAUGCUCCGCCCCCGUUCCAACACACAGACACACCCAAUGGGUUGACCACCUUGCUGCCAAAUAUUCAAAAUGAAAUGCGCGACAUAAAGGCCAAACUGGCCAUCAUAGACGCAAAGUUGGAUGCAACCCUGAAGAACCCAUCUUCAGCACCUUUUUCUGUGCCGCCGGCCCGGACGGAGUGCCUUGUACCGUCGCCCAUUACGAGCAUGGCCGAAUUUGAUGGCUUUGAGGAAGCCUCUUGGACACCAAAUACUGGCAGCAGGCGGUAUGAGUUUUCCCUCUUCUAA